AUUCCUUAUUGUGAUCUUCUCUGUGGGUGUGUGUGUGCGUAACAGCAUAAUUUUGCUAGCUAGAUGAUGGCCGAUCACUUAGACGAACCGCCCCAGAAGCGGGUCAAAAUGGAUCCAACGGAUCUAUUCUUUCUGGAAGACAAUCUGCCAGAUGAAUUGGUAUCAUCGAACAGCGGCUGGUCAGAUCAGUUAAGCGGUGGAGGCGGCGGCGGUGGCGGUUCUGGCGGUGGUCCUGGCGGCGGUCCAAAUUCACAGAAUACAAAUACCGGCGGUGUAGUAUCCACAAAUGCCAGCGGCGGACCAAAUAAACCACCAGCCCAAGGACCAGGACCUGGUGUCGGUGUCGGUGUCGGUGUUGUGUCCACACAAAUGAAUGGAGCCGGCAAUGGCGGCGGCGGCGGUGUUGCUGGCUCCACACCUGGUGGUGGCAAUAAUGGUGAUGGUAGUGAUGGCACCGUCAGUGGUAAUGGUGGUGCAACUGGUGCUGGCAAUCAACAGCAAUUGCGUCAAAUGCAACAUCAUCAUCUGCAGCAUUUGCUCGAACAGCGGCAACAGCAGCAGCAACAGCAACAACAGGGACAAAAGGGAUCAAUGGUGGUGCCUGGAAUGCAACAAUUGGGCAGUAGCAAGUCACCGAAUCUACAAUCACCCAACACUGGCAUGCAGCAAGUGGCCGCACAAAUGGGCAUGGUCAACUCAAUGCCCAUGUCCAUAUCGAAUAAUGGCAAUAAUGGAAUGAACGCCAUACCAGGCAUGAAUACAAUUGCACAGGGCAAUUUGGGCAACAUGGUAUUGACCACUAGUGGCGGCGGCCUCGGCAUGGUCAAUCAGCUGAAACCUCAACCUGGUGGCGGUAUGAUGAAUGCCGGUACAGGACCAGCUGGUGGCGCUGGCCAAGUGGUAACCAAUCCCAUCCCCAUUCCCAAUCAGGCGAUGCAUAUGCAAAAUGGUCCAAUGAUGGGGCGCAUGGUGGGGCAACAGCAUAUGCUCCGAGGACCACAUCUCGGUGGCGGUGGCAAUGGGCCAGGCAAUGGCCCCGGCGGAGGAGGUGGUCCACGCAUGCAAAACCCCAACAUGCAGAUGGGUCAAAUCAACAGCAUGGCGUAUGGUGUUGGCAACUAUGGUGGUCCUGGCGGCGGUGGUGCCGCUAAUCCUCAACAGCAGCAACAGCUGUUGGCCCAACAAAUGGCUGUCCAGCGUGGCGGAGUUGUCCCCGGCCUGCCGCAAGGCAAUCGUCCUGUGGGCACUGUGGUGCCCAUGUCGGGCAUGGGGGCGGAAGGCACGCCUACUGGCCAGCAAUUGCAAAUGCAACAGCAAAUGAAUGCCCAACAGGCUCUAGGAGGUCCACGGCCGCCGCAGCCGAAUCAAUUGUUGGGGCAUCCGCAACAGCAGCAGCAACAACAACCAGGCACCUCGCAGCAACAGCAGCAACAACAACAACAGCAGCAGCAGCAGCAACAACAGCCCGGUGGAGCAGUUGGUGGAGCGCCCACAGUUGGUGCUGUCGGUGGUGCGGCAGGCGGUGGUCCAGGUGUACCCGGUGCCGGUAGUGGAGGCGGUCCUCCGCCGCCCGGCAACAUCUCCGAUGAGCGCAAACGUCAAAUCCAGCAGCAAUUGAUGCUACUCCUUCAUGCCCACAAGUGUAACCGGCGCGAGAAUCUAAAUCCCAAUCGGGAGGUAUGCAAUGUCAACUAUUGCAAGGCCAUGAAAGCCGUACUGGCCCACAUGGGCACGUGUAAACAGAGCAAGGAAUGCACCAUGCAACAUUGCGCCUCGUCGCGCCAAAUAUUGCUCCACUACAAGACCUGCCAGCGAAAUGAUUGUAUCAUUUGCUUUCCAUUUCGUCAGAAUCAUUCGAUGUUUCAGAAUGCCGGCAGUGGCGGCGGCGGUGCAGUUGCUGGCGGUGCCGCUGGUGGUGCUGGUGGAGCGGGUGGCGGCGGUAGCGGUGUUAAUGUUGGCGCUCCGGGUAGUCUCCAGAAUCAGAAUCAACCGCUUGCCGGCCUUGUCAGUGUUGAUAACAAGCAGCAGCAGCAGCAACCGGGUGGACAACAGCAGCAACAGCAAGUCCCACCCGGAGGUGGUCCUCAGAAUACAGCGAUUGUUCUGCCACAGCAGCAGCAGCAGCAACAACAACAGCCUGGUGGAGGAGGAAAUGCGCCGAAAACUGAUAUGACGCAGCAGCAACAGAUGCAACAACAGCAGCAGCAGCAGCAAGUCCUUCAGCAACAGGUACAACAGCAGCAAGAUUUACGGCGAUUCGAUGGCAUGGGUCAUGUGGGACAUUCUCCAGUUACAGCUGGCAUGCUCGGGGCAACGGGCCCUGGAGGUGCCAGCGGUCCUGGGGGAGCGGCACAGCAACAACAAACUCUGCCGCCGGGCAUACGGAUGCAGGGUGCGCCGCCAGGGCGAGUCCUGGGUGGUCCCAACUCGGCAGGCGGUCUAACCAAUGAUGUCAACAGUGUUCAGCAGCAGCAACAACAACAGCAAAUCCUUCAGGGUAAUACGGCACUAGCCGUGGCCGCUGCUGCCAAUGCUGUCGGGCGACGACGCGGUGCCGGAGCUGGUGCUGGAGCUGGCGGCGGCGGCGGUAGUGGUGGUCUACCCUCUAUGGUCGAUCAACAACAGCAGCAGCAGCAGCAGCAACAACAACAACAACAACAACCUAAUGCCCAAUUGGGUCACAUUCCGGUUCCAUUGUCCGUCAAUGUGGGCGGCGGUGCUGGCGGCGGUGGCGGCAGCGGCAGUGGACAGCAGCAGCAGCAGCAAUUCAAUAAUACACCGCAAAUGGUUGGAGGACAAUCCGAUCAGUUGGCCAAACUGAAAUUGGCACAGGCCCAGGGUCAUGUAGUGGGUCCGCCGGGCGGUAAUAGCGGAACGCCAGCCAGUGUCCUGAUGCCUGCCGAUACCUCAAGUGGCGUUGGUCCCAAUCAGACCAAUCCCAAUCAGCAGCCGAAUGCAACAGCAGGCGGCGGCGGUUCCGUUGCCGGUGCAAACAAUUCCGGCGGUGGUGCUGGCGGCACUGGUGGUGGUGGUCCUGGUUCAAGUGGACCACCCUCGGUGGCCGAUUGUGAGAAAGAUUGGCGGGAAUCUGUGACAGCGGAUUUACGCAAUCAUUUGGUCCACAAGCUUGUUCAGGCCAUUUUUCCUACCUCCGAUCCAACAACAAUGCAGGACAAGCGCAUGCAUAAUCUUGUAUCCUAUGCCGAAAAGGUCGAAAAGGAUAUGUACGAGAUGGCCAAUUCGCGUUCCGAAUAUUAUCAUCUGCUCGCCGAAAAGAUCUACAAGAUCCAAAAGGAGUUGGAAGAGAAGCGACUUAAGCGCAAAGAGCAGCAUCAGCAGAUGUUAAUGCAACAACAACAGCAACCUCAAUCACAAACGCAGCAACAGCAGCAGCAGCAGCAGCAACAACAACAACAGCCUGUUCCAAUGGGCGGUCCAGUUGGUCCCGGUGGUUGUGUGCGUCCACUAAUCAGUCCCAUGGGCGGUGGUGUAAUGCAAUCGCAGCAACAACAGCAGCCCCAAUUGCGACCACAGGCCCCAGUUGGUGUUGGCGGCGUUGGCGUCGGCGUCGGUGUCGGUGUCGGCGGCGUCGUCGGUGCUGGCGGUGCUGGUGGACCAAAUGCAAAUAUGGUGGCCAUGCGUAGUCAUUCACCUGGUGGCAAUAUGCUAACCAUACAGCAGCAACAGCAACAGCGUAUGCAAUUCCCGCAGCAACAGCAACCGCAACAACAGCAGCAGCAACAGCCUGGCAAUAUGCUGGUCGGACCACCUGGACCGAGUCCUGGUGGUCAAAUGGUAGUCAAUCCUGUACUCUCACCUUUCCAAACAGCUAGCAAUGCCCUAACCAGUCCGGUGCCGGGUGUCCCUCAGCCCCAACAGUUUAUCAAUGGACAAGCUGCGGGCGGAGGAGCUGGCGGAGCUUCAGCGAAUCCGCUAAGUGAGAUGAUGAAGCAGAGAUUACUUCAUCAACAGCAGCAGCAGCAGCAACAACAACAACAACAACAGACUGGCAUAUUAAUGCCCCAAUCGCCUUUUAGUAAUGCCACGCCCAUUCAGCAGCAAAAUAACUUUAGUUCGCCCAUGCAAGCGCAGCAACAGCAGCAGCAGCAGCAGCAACAACAAAAGACCCAACAACAGCAGCAGCAGCAGCAACAACAACAACAACAACAGCAGCAGCAGCAGCAACAACAACUGAAUAAUAUGCCACCAACACCCACCAGUUUAGAUGCCCUACAAGCGGGCGGUGCAGCAUCGAGCGGCACGGGAGGAGGAAGUGCAGGUGGUGGUAGUGGUGGUGUCAAUUCCACAUCAUCGGCAUCGGGCGGUGGUUUAACGGUUUCCGCACCAAGUCCAUCGCCUGGCUUUCUGUCCAAUGGCCCCAUUGGUACACCAUCAAAUCCAAAUAACAAUCCGCCCUCCGUUUCCAGUUUAAUGCAACCGCUGAGCGAUCGGCCGGCGACUCCUCCGUACAUACCAGCCUCACCAGUGCCGGCGGCAUCGGCAUCCGGUUUGGCCAAUAGCAGUAGCACCCCAGCCUCGGCGGCAGCCACAUGUGCAAGCAGCAGCAGCGGCAGUAGCAGCAACGGCGGCAACGGGAACAGUAAUAGCAACAGCAGUGGUGGCGCCGGCGGUGCAACCAUAGCCACAGCCACCACCACAACGGCACCAAUGACGACGGCCAGUACGCCGCAGAGUUGUGCCUCCUCAUCGGUGGCCACACCCACAUCGACAACAGCCUCCACCGCGUCAUCAUCAUCGUCGUCGGGACCAGGCAGUUCGACAUUAUUGCUGAGCAGUGGCGGUGGCGGUGGUGGACCAACGGGAGGCGGUGGUGGCCGAAUGAUUAGUUCGAGCAGUAGUCUAUCCUCUCAGAUGGCCGCCUUGGAGGCGGCAGCCCGUGAUAAUGACGAUGAUACGCCAUCACCCAGUCAAGAUGGCGGCAGUGGUGGCGGUGGUAUGGCCUCCAAGGGUAAACUCGAUUCCAUUAAGCCAGAGGAUGAGAUCAAAAAGGAGUUUAUGGACGAUAGUUGCGGCGGCAACAACGAUAGCUCCCAAAUGGACUGCUCGACGGGUGGCAAGGGCAAGAAUGUCAAUAACGAUGGCACCAGCAUGAUCAAAAUGGAACUCAAAUCCGAGGAUGGCACCGGACCCGAUGGUGUUAAAAUCAAAUCCGAGCCAAUGGAUGUGGAUGAGGCAGCUGCUGCAGCAGCGGCAGCCGCCGGCGGUGCAGCGGGCGGUGAUGGCAGUUCAACUGGCGAAGGCGGCAAAACGGAUGAUAUUAAUGGCGGUAUGGAUGGUAACAGUGGAACUGAUAUUAAAAUUAAGCAUGAAACCAAACCAGUUGUGCCCGAACCAUUGGCACCAAAUGCAGGCGACAAGAAGAAAAAGUGUCAAUUCAAUCCAGAAGAGCUACGAACCGCAUUGUUGCCAACAUUGGAGAAACUUUUGCGUCAGGAGCCCGAAUCGGUGCCAUUUCGCUAUCCGGUUGAUCCACAAGCUCUCGGUAUACCCGAUUACUUUGAGAUUGUUAAAAAGCCCAUGGAUCUGGGCACAAUACGCAACAAUAUACUCAAUGGCAAAUACAGUGAUCCCUGGGAAUAUGUGGAUGAUGUUUGGUUAAUGUUUGAUAAUGCCUGGCUAUAUAAUCGCAAGACAUCGCGCGUUUAUCGCUAUUGUACUAAGUUAUCGGAGGUCUUUGAGCAGGAAAUCGAUCCUGUUAUGCAGGCCUUGGGCUAUUGCUGUGGACGCAAAUACACUUUCAAUCCGCAAGUGCUCUGCUGUUAUGGCAAACAAUUGUGCACAAUUCCGCGUGAUGCCAAGUAUUAUAGUUAUCAGAAUAGUCUAAAGGAAUACGGUGUUGCCUCAAAUAGAUACACGUUCUGCCAAAAGUGCUUUAAUGACAUACAAGGAGACACUGUCACAUUGGGCGAUGAUCCGCUGCAGUCUCAAACACAAAUCAAAAAGGAUCAAUUCAAAGAGAUGAAAAACGAUCAUCUCGAGUUGGAACCCUUUGUCGAUUGCCAGGAAUGUGGACGCAAACAACAUCAGAUUUGUGUCCUCUGGUUGGAUUCGAUUUGGCCAGGUGGCUUUGUCUGCGAUAAUUGCCUGAAAAAGAAGAACUCUAAGCGAAAGGAGAAUAAAUUUAAUGCCAAACGUUUACCCACCACAAAAUUGGGCGUCUAUAUUGAAACGCGAGUGAAUAACUUCCUGAAGAAGAAGGAAGCCGGCGCUGGUGAGGUUCAUAUACGUGUGGUCAGCUCGUCGGACAAGUGUGUGGAAGUCAAACCGGGAAUGCGGCGUCGUUUUGUCGAGGGUGGCGAAAUGAUGCAAGAGUUUCCAUACAGAGCCAAAGCUUUAUUCGCCUUCGAGGAGGUCGAUGGCAUUGAUGUGUGUUUCUUUGGCAUGCAUGUCCAGGAGUAUGGUUCCGAGUGUCCGGCACCGAAUACACGACGCGUCUAUAUUGCAUAUCUGGAUUCGGUUCACUUCUUUCGCCCGCGGCAAUAUCGUACGGCUGUUUAUCAUGAGAUUCUGCUUGGCUAUAUGGAUUAUGUGAAACAAUUGGGCUAUACUAUGGCCCACAUUUGGGCAUGUCCGCCAUCGGAGGGCGAUGAUUAUAUAUUCCAUUGUCAUCCGACAGAUCAGAAAAUUCCAAAGCCAAAGCGAUUACAGGAAUGGUAUAAGAAGAUGCUCGACAAGGGUAUGAUUGAGCGUAUCAUACAGGACUAUAAGGAUAUACUUAAGCAGGCCAUGGAGGAUAAAUUGGGUUCGGCUGCUGAAUUGCCAUACUUUGAGGGUGAUUUCUGGCCCAAUGUGCUCGAAGAGAGUAUCAAAGAACUUGACCAAGAGGAGGAAGAGAAACGUAAACAAGCCGAGGCAGCAGAAGCAGCAGCGGCGGCAAAUCUCUUCUCCAUUGAGGACAACGAGGUCAGUGGUGAUGGCAAAAAGAAGGGCCAAAAGAAGGCGAAAAAAUCAAAUAAAUCAAAAGCAGCGCAACGAAAGAAUAGCAAAAAAUCGAAUGAACAUCAGUCGGGCAAUGAUUUGUCGGCUAAAAUUUAUGCCACCAUGGAGAAGCAUAAAGAAGUAUUCUUUGUGAUACGUUUACAUUCGGCUCAAUCGGCAGCCAGCUUAGCGCCCAUCCAAGACCCUGAUCCAUUGCUAACCUGUGAUCUAAUGGAUGGACGUGAUGCUUUCCUAACACUCGCCCGCGAUAAGCAUUAUGAAUUCUCCUCUCUGCGUCGUGCCCAAUUCUCGACAUUGUCCAUGCUCUAUGAGCUGCAUAACCAGGGUCAGGAUAAAUUCGUCUAUACCUGUAAUCAUUGCAAGACAGCCGUGGAGACGCGCUAUCAUUGCACUGUCUGUGAUGACUUUGAUCUAUGCACUGUGUGCAAGGAGAAAGUCGGCCAUCAACAUAAAAUGGAGAGACUUGGCUUUGAUCUGGAUGAUGGUUCAGCGCCAGCCGAUCUCAAGCAAGCAAAUCCUCAAGAGGCACGCAAACAGUCCAUACAACGUUGCAUUCAAUCUCUCGUCCAUGCCUGCCAAUGUCGCGAUGCCAAUUGUCGUCUGCCAUCGUGCACGAAGAUGAAGCGAGUCGUUCAGCAUACAAAGAACUGCAAGCGAAAGACAAAUGGCGGUUGCCCCAUAUGCAAGCAAUUGAUUGCGCUCUGUUGCUAUCAUGCCAAGCAUUGUCAGGAGCAGAAGUGUCCAGUGCCCUUCUGUCCGAAUAUCAAGCACAAGCUGAAGCAGCAGCAAUUACAGCAAAAACUCCAGCAGCAGCAAUUGUUGCGUCGUCGUGUGGCUCUUAUGUCAAGAACGGCGGCUCCAUCAUCGUUGCCUGGUCCAGUGGCGGUAAGCGGACCCGUUGUAUCGGCUGGCGGUGUACCCGUCGUCGGCAUGUCCGGUGUGGCUGUUAGCCAACAAGUGAUGCCCGGCCAAAGUGGCAUUAUGCCACCAGGAGCUGGCGGAAUGUCGCCAUCAACGGUCCCAGUGCCCUCGCCUGUGUCGGGCGGUGGCGGAGGCGGCAUGACAUCGCCGCAUUCACAUCAGCCGGGCAUUGGCAUGAAGCCGGGUGGAGGUCAUUCACCCUCGCCCAAUGUGCUGCAGGUGGUGAAGCAGGUACAAGAGGAGGCCGCUCGUCAACAGGUGCCGCAUGGCGGUGGCUUUGGCAAGGGUGUGGCGAUGGCGCCGCCUGUCAUGAAUCGACCGCUAGGCGUCGGUGUUGGCGGUGUGGGUGUGCCCAAUCAGGGCGUGAAUCAGCUGGGCGGCAUGGUUGGCAAUGUUGGUGUGGUUAAUCAAAUGACUGGCAAUGUGGGACCCGGUGGUGGUGGCGGCGGCGGCGGUGGCAAUCCAAAUGCCGUGCCCGGUGCAGCCAACUGCGGCGGCAAUGUUCUGAGCCUAACCAAUCUCCUGCCCUUGGAUCAAUGGGGCGGCAGUGGCGGACCCGGACCCGGUGGAGCAGUUGGACAGCAACAGCAGCGUUAUACCAAUAAUGCCGGCCAGGUGGGUCAGGGACCUGGCAUGAGACAGCCACCGAAUCAGCUAAUGCAACCGAAUGCCAUGCAACAGCAGCAACCGCUGCACCAAAUGAUGGGAAUGCCACCCAAUCAGAUGGGCGGAGUUGGUGGAGUGGGCGUCGGUGUUAAUGUUGGUGUUGGUCAAAUGCCUGUCGGUCCCUCGCCACACGGCAUGGGCAUGGGUGGUCCCCAAAUGGGUGGUGCUGCCGGUGCCGGCGGCGGAGUUCGUCCGCCACCCGGUGCCCAGGGUCAGGCCGGACCAAACAUGGCCAAUGGUCCGCCAUUGAAUACGCAGCAAUUGAAUACCCAACAGUUGGCUCAAAUAAUGCAAAAGAUCAAAAAUAAUCCAACCAAUGAGAGCAACCAGCAUAUCCUUACCAUACUCAAGCAGAAUCCUCAGAUUAUGGCUGCCAUUAUCAAGCAGCGUCAGCAGAGUCAGCAAAGUCAGUUGAAUGCGGCAGCUGGUGGUGCACCUGGUGGUGCCCUGCAGGCUGUCAAUGGGCCGCAGAAUCCUCAGCAACAGCAGCAGCAACAACAACAACAGCAGCAACAACAACAACAGCAGCAGCAGCAACAGCAGCAGCAACAACAACAGCAGCAGCAGCAAGUGAUGCAGCAACAACAAAUGCAGCAUAUGAUGAAUCAACAACAACAACAACAACAACAGGGCGGACCACAACAAAUGAAUCCCAAUCAGCAGCAGCAGGUGAAUGUCAUGCAACAGCAGCAACAAGGUGGCCCCGUUGGACCUGGGCCACAUCAACGUAUGCCGAGCAUGCAGAAUGCCAUGAUGUUGCAGAAUCUACCGCCCGGCGUUACCACCCAAGGUGGCAUGGUUUCGAAUCAAAGUUGGAAUAAGAUGCGUUAUAUGCAAAUGAAUCAAUACCCGCCACCGUAUCCGCAACGCCAACGUGGCCCACAUAUGGGUGGAGCCGGCCAACAGCAAUUCCCCGUUAGCGGCGGUGCCGGCAAUUUCAAUGCCGGCGGCGCAGCCGGUGUACCAGUAGGUGCAGGCGGUGGCGGAGACGCUGGCCCUGGAGCCAAUCAAUAUAUGGCAAAUGCGGCGGCCAACAAUAUGCUGCAGGGACAGGGCGGUGCCGGUGUGAAGCCCGGUCCGCAGCAACAGCAAAUGGGCGUAAUGCCGCCAGGUAUGCAACAGCAGCAGCAGCAGCAACAGCAAAUGAUGCAGGUGGCCAUGCCGAAUGCUCAGAAUCAGAAUCCAUCUGUUGUUGGCGGUGGCGGCGGCCCUGGUGUGGUUGGUGGCGGCGGCGGCGGCGGGCCCGGCUCGAAUGUAAUGGGCCCACCCACGCCGCACACCCUGCAGCAACAAUUGAUGCAAUCAGCCCGCUCAUCACCGCCCAUACGUUCCCCGCAGCCAACACCAUCGCCGCGAUCGGCGCCAUCGCCCAGAGCGGCACCAUCGGCCUCGCCGCGUGCCCAACCCUCGCCGCAUCAUGUGAUGAGCAGCCAUUCACCGGCACCGCAAGGUCCCCACGAUGGUAUGCAUAAUCAUGGGAUGCAUCAUCAGUCGCCUCUGCCGGGUGUACCCCAGGAUGUGGGCGUUGGUGUUGUCGGUGUCGGUGUCGGCGUUGGUGUUGGUGUUGGUGUCGGUGUUGGCGGUGUCAAUGUCAAUGUUGGCGGCAAUGUGGGUGUUGUUGGCCAGCCAGGUGGUGGCGCCGGUGCCAUGCCCGAUGCAUCUGAUCAAUUGACAAAAUUUGUAGAGAGACUCUAGUGCAACAUUAAUCAUCAAGAUGCUGCAAAUGCUACCACCACCAACAACAACAACAACAACAACAAUAAUAAUAAUAACAACAACAACAACAACAGUGGCAGCAACAACAACAACAACUUGAUGAUGUCUCCCUAUCCCUGCUAUAAUGGACAGUCGACGCAUUUCUUUUGAUUUGCAUUACUUUUACUAGCUGAAGAAAAAGGCAUGAAAACCCCUCACCCCUCAUCACAGGCAGUGAGAGAGGGAGAGGUGAAGACAACAACAACCAACACCAACCAAUUAUCAACUAAGCCAGGGAACAUUGUGUGUUAAUUUUUCCAUUGAUUUUUUCUUAUUUUUGUUUAUCUAACAAACGAAACGAAA